AUGUCUAGCCCGCAGCGUGUGACCUCUUGUUCUCUUUCUUUGCGCACUCGCUGGAUAGUCUUCUCCUAUGUCUGCUACCAUGUUGUGCGCUUUGUCAGUCCCCUGCACUUUGAUAUAAGUAGCUCCGACAUGCUCUAUGAAGGAGUUGCGGUACCAGCGGAAGGAUCCGCUGAUCUCACCCCCAAAGGCACCAUUCCACAGGAGUUUCAGGUAGGUCGCGUUCAGUAUUCCAAACCCGUCGAUAUAUGGGAUUCUAUUAGCCGGAGACAAGCAGACUUCUCUACCCGUUUUUCUUUCACCAUUGAACCAUUCGAUCCUGACAAAUACAGCGACGGCAUUGCCUUCUUUCUUGCUCCUGCUGGCUUCACGAUCCCACCCAACUCGGGUGGCGGGUACCUCGGAUUGUUCAAUGCGAGCACACUCAAUGACGGGCCUGGGAACCAUAUCGUGAUGGUUGAGUUCGAUACUUAUGAAAACAUGCAAGCAUAUCAUGAUUCUCCAGGGCAGCACAUCGGAAUCAACGAAAACUCGCUCUCUUCACUUGUUUAUUCCAGUUGGGAUCCUGGAUCCCUCAACGGAAGUACAACUAAUGUUGUGGUAACCUAUAAUUCCACUAGCAAGAAUCUUAGCGUGUUCUGGUCGUUCGGUGGCGAGCCAGUUUCUUUGGACAACAAAAACUCUUCGCUUUCUCAGACCAUCGAUCUUGCUGAGGUCCUUCCUGAAUCGGUAGCAAUUGGGAUUUCAGCUUCUCAUGGCCUCUGUGGGGAGAGACACAGAAUCCACUCAUGGGAGUUUACUUCAAACUUGGAUGUUGCGCGCCCUCCACCGGGCUAUACAUCUGCAAAGGCGGUAAACUCCAAGAUCCAUAGGUUGUUAGUGCUAAUCACGACUGCUUUAGCAAGUCUCUUGCUGAUUAUUUCAGCGGGGUCAUGCUUAUUUGUGAUCAAAAUGAGGAAAAAAUAUGAGCUUUGUGCUCGGACUGACAUUGACAAAGAGAUAAGAGCAUUGCCACUCAAAUUCUCUUAUCAAGAGUUAGUUGUAGCUACAAGUGGCUUCUCACAGGAUCGGAGACUCGGCCAAGGAGGGUCUUGCCAUGUUUAUAAAGGACUUGUGAACAGUUUAGAUCGCCAAGUUGCUGUCAAGAGAAUCUUUACGGAUUCCAAACAUUCCCAGAAGGUCUUCAUCAAUGAAGUGAAGAUAUUAAGCCGCGCCAUACAUCGAAAUCUGGUGCAAUUCAUUGGAUGGUGUCGAGAGGAAGGUGAAUUUUUGCUCGUUUAUGAAUACAUGCCUAACGGUAGCCUUGAUAACCAUCUCUUUGGAAGUCGAAAAGUUCUUCCUUGGGAUGUAAGGCACAGGAUAGCUCUAGGUCUGGCAUCGGCCCUUAAUUAUCUUCAUGAAGAACUAGAGCAAUGCGUUCUUCACAGAGAUAUAAAAGCAGCCAACAUAUUGCUAGACACUGAUUUCAACACUAAGCUUGGCGACUUCGGUGUAUCUAAGCUCGUGGACCCCCGAUUCAGGACUCAAACAACGGAUGUGGUGGGGACAUAUGGUUACCUAGCACCGGAAUAUCUCAGCGGACGGAAGGCUACUAGAGAGUCCGACAUGUUCAGCUUCGGGGUUGUGGUGCUAGAAAUCGCUUGCGGUAGGAGGACCUAUCAGGACGGUGAAUUUCAUGUCCCACUGUACAAGUGGGUUUGGCAGCUUUAUGUUGCUGGAAAUGUGCUUGAAGCAGCGGACGAGAAGUUCGGUUCGAGCUUCGAUAGGAAGGAAAUGGAAUGCUUGAUGAUGGUGGGAUUGUGGUGUGUGCAUCCAGAUCCCAAGAGCAGGCCAAAAGCAGGACAAGUAAUUAGGUUUCUUCAGCUACAAGUCACCGUGCCGGAGCUUCCACUCGCCGCGUACGAGGCUCCCACUUUAUAUCAGCCACCAGCUCUAACAAUAGCAUCUUCCUCUUCUUCUUCUUCUGGUAGUCAAGGAAUAGUUGUGUUAAGCGAGAUGGACCAUGGCUCCUAAAG